UCAAAUUAUUAAAUUUCCUUUAGUCCUUAUUGGGCCAUUAUCAACGUGUCACACUGAUUUCAUUUUAAACCAGGUAACAUAAUGGACGGACGCUUGCUUCGACUUCUUCUACUUUCUGCAGGGUUUCUUACUUUUACAGCAAAUUUCUUUUUUCAAUUGCCAAUGCGAGAAUGUUCAACAAAUAGUAAAGUUUUUCCGUGGGUGAAGACCAAGUGGGACGUAGGAAUCGCAGGGGAGGAAAAAGUGAAAAUUUCGAACGCAAUACAGGACGAAAUGGUUUAUUCAGAUCAGCGCCUGGAUGUUCGAGAGGGUAGCCUGAACAAAUUCUUGCCAACCAAAGAAAAUCCUGUUCUUAACAUAGAAGUUUAUUCCAGCAGGAUGAACGUGUCUGUUACAGUCAACAACAAAAAGAUUUUCAGUGCCAAUCACGUUAACUACAUCGGCAUCAAUGUUGUCGUCCUUAAUCAAAAAACUGGCGCGCGAAUGGCUUCUCGAAACUUUGACACACUGGACAGUGAACAAGAUUCUGAGGACUUAAUGAAAUUUGUUGAAGAAAUUAAUGUGGGCAGAAUUUUAUGUUUUAUCGUAAAGGACGAAGCAUCAUAUCAUCUUAAAGAAGAUACUCGUAAAUAUUUUACCAAAUUAGGAAGUCGUUUUAUAAAUCGGUUGCGGUGGAGAGACAUGUGGGCUAUGGUGAUCCAGAAAAAGCUGUCAGGUGCUCGGGUACUAGCGGAAUCCUUCCAAAAAUGUGGGAAGGAGCCAUGGGCAAGUCCUGUAGAUCUGGUGACAACAUUUAUAUCAGAAGAGGAAAGUGUUCAUUGUGACUGGGGAAACAGUGAAACGAGUCGACGAAGACGCAAGUUCUGCAGUCUUUAUGAAGGAUAUCAUGGGGUGUGCAGAUGUAGUAACCCGUAUGACAUUAACAUGGACCCACCAGCUUUUCCAGAUGGAAGCAGGCUACACCUUCCAGUUGCUGUCAUGGUUGGUAACAGGCCUCACUAUUUCUUUAGAAUGCUGACCUCGCUACAAAAUGUGAUUGGUCUAGAUAUAUCCAUGGUUACAGUGUAUAUUGAUGGCUUCUUCAAAGAGUCAGCCUCUGUGGCUGAACUUUUUGGAAUGAAUGCUGUGCAGCAUGAGCCAGUAAGCAGAUUAAAUGGAAGAAUCGCUCAGCAUUAUAAGAGAAGUUUAUCUACAUCCUUUGACAACAAUCCAGAAGCACAGUAUCUGAUCAUUCUAGAAGAAGAUCUCGAAAUAUCGGUGGACAUCUUAAACUUCUUCCAACAGCUCCUUCCUGUUCUGGAGAAAGACGAGAGUUUGUUUUGUAUAUCAGCUUGGAACGAUCAGGGCUACAAGCACUCAGCCAAUGAUCCAAGUAUGACGUACAGAAUAGAGACAAUGCCAGGACUCGGAUGGGUUUUGAGUCGCAAAAUUUACAAGGGUGAACUCGAAAAAGUAUGGCCAGGUCCUCAAAACCUGUUUGACUGGGACAUGUGGAUGAGAGGCAAGGAACAGCUCAAGGGUCGUGAAUGUAUAAUACCGGAUAUUUCACGAACAUAUCAUUUUGGCGCCAAAGGACUGAACGUAGGAAUGUUCUUCCAGGCUGCGUAUUUCCAGCAACGCGCUUUUAAUACCAUACCAAAUGUUCAACUAAAUGAUGUGAAUGUCAUGCUGAAGGAUAAUUACGAAAAAGAAAUUCAUAGACUUAUCAGCAUCGCCACACUUCUAGACCACAAGAAAACCCCCUGUUCAGAUGUCAAGAACUUUGUCCCAAACACUAAAGGCAAGACCUACUUGUUUUACAUCACGAUGAAACAUAAAAAAGAUUAUCAAACGUGGAGCAAUGUAGCUACAUGCUUCAGGAUAUGGGAUCUUGAUGCAAGAGGAUUUCACAACAGCAUGUUCAGGUUGUGGUAUAAAAAGAAUCAUAUCAUUGUGGUUGGAUGUCCUGCUUCAAAGUAUUGCUCCUUUAAACCAGAUAAUAUUGUACCUAUUGAUAUGCCAAAACCCGAGAAAAGACCCAAAGAAGAAGAUGUCUAGCCGCUAACGAUUACGUCAACAAUAUGAAGCAUAGACUACGGCAAAGAUCCGUAGCGGUCUAUUUCAGGCAGAAUAAGAAGUAAUACUUCUUAUUCUGCCUGAAAUUAAAGAUAUAACUAGCUAUUCUCAGCGGUCUGGUAUAAAACUGGUAUAACUUUAUGAUAUUUAUACUUAUUAGCAUUGCCUAGUUUCAUGUCGUAGAGUACUGGGUCGAAAUCUGUCAGUCGUGAAAAGGAUGCCAACAAUAUCUUCAUUAAUUCUCAGUGAUUUUUACUCACUCAUUCGGUCAAAAUCUGGUUGCAUUUUUCGAGCUCAAAGGACUCAUUCGACUACAUAUAUUUAAAAGAUUCUUUUAGUUAGCUUGGUGUACAGUUAUUUAGUCUCCCAAGUCCUUUCACUCGAUAUAAAACCCGUCAAUAUUGAUCAUUUCACUUCAAACCUUCUAAUGCUCGAAUGUUGGCCUCCUGAUUAAUUCCUCUAUUUAGGGCUAAAUAGCCAGCUUGAAUUCAAAAAAACCUUCUUGAAACUGGUGUCCCGUGGACCAGUUAGUAACUUUUUAAAGUGCGGCACUUAAAAGUCCUUUGAAAAAUAUUUGUCACUGACCGGCUUCGCGACUACGAGAUCUACUAGACUAAAAAGGAUUAUGGGUAGAAGUAACUGAAGUGUUAAGCUACAUAUAUAUCAUUAGCAAAGUGAUGAGUAUACUGUGUUUCCAUUUUGAUUUACCGCGAAAAUGGCUAGCGGUUUGGAUGACCCAAGCCCUCGGCAUGAAAACUAGUAGCUAUUUACUUGUUUUCACCCAAUUACUUACUUCGCAGAACACGAAGGCACACGUCACAUUCAUUCGAGCUGUACUCUCCAUGAUUAUGAUUAAAACGCGAGCUAAAACUUUACUGCUUCAGUGAUUUUUACCCAAUAUACUCCCGUUCGAAUUCGUCGCGUAGUUGCGGAGUCGGUCAGCGAAAACGUUUUUUAUUUUCUUCAAAAGACUGUAUACGGUACUGUUAAAGGAGCAUCCAGUAAAGACACUACACAUGUUUUUCAGAAAACAAAAAAGUGUUACUAUGUACUCAGUGCUCAUGUCCCGCAGCCCGGUUCCCUGUUGCAUUUUGAACCGCUUGGUUGCGAAAUUGCAUUUCGACUCAGUGCAAACUGCCAGUCUUCAUCAGGCGAUAUCUGGAUGGUGAGUUUGUUAUAUAGCAUUUGUCAGAACAUGUCUGUUAUGAUUGGUUGGUCGGUCUGUGCGGAGACUGGUAGUUGAUGCGUCUCUGUCAUCCAGAGCGUUUUCUCAUCGUCAGUAUCGCGUUUUCUCAUCGUCAGUAUCCACGCCUUAGGGAUUUCCAUGCCACGACCCUAUCUAUGUUUCUCGGGUGGAGUCGGAUCUGAAAGGAUCCCCUGACUAUGUGUGUAUACUGCAAAAAACAAUGGGGUUCUCAAUCUCCCAGCCAGGGCAAUGUUCGGUCUUAUGUGGAUGUUCGGUUACUGCUGAAUGAGCUCUCUACGCGAACCAACCACACCUCUCUCGCGUGUUAAGACAAAAAAUGCUAGCAAUAGGAUUCAAACGUACGCCUCACACAAAAAGUGGUGAAUAAAUAAGUCUAAACUUAUUUUCUGCUAAUAUCAAGUUCUUUAUUAGUUAUACUCCAUAUGCAGGAAUUAGACAUCAUCAAUAAGUGUGUUUUAACACACUAAAAAUUAACAUCUUAACUUAACUUAAUUUAAUUUAACUUCUAGUUGCCAUUGAAUAGUGGCUUUGACCAUUCCACGAAACUGUUAGUUUAUAGGUUUAAGGAACUUUGUAGCGGCUCUCAGUUUCUGAAUCAUUAGCGACAUUUCAAACUUCAAACGCUCGCGUUUCUCACUUUCAGGAAUGUUUUUCAAUUCCAUAACCUUUUUGAUGUUCCAGAAUUUACAAUUAAACAGCAGAGAUUUGUCA